UAAACGAACCUGAUUGACACUCCCUCUGACCAAUCCAGUGUCAGCAGGCGUGGCGUCUGUAGAUCUACUGUCCCGGUGCGUCAGCAGUGACGUCACUUCAGAAAUGGCAAAUUACGGACAGGGUUACCCCAGUUCAGGAGGUCCGGCCCCGGGAGGGGGUUAUUACUCUGGACCGCCCCCUGCUGGUGGACAGGCACCUCCGGGAGGUCAAUAUGGAGCUGGAGCACCCCCUGGUGGGCCUUACAGCGGUACUGCAUCUCCACACAGGGGUCAGUACGGGGGAUCAGCUCCCCCUGGUGGUUAUUACGGGGGCACUGCGCCUCCUCCAGCUGCGGGGGGUCAGUACGGGGGAGCGGCUCCCCCUGGUGGUGGGCAGUACUAUGGAGGUCCUGCUCCUGGCUCUGGGGGGCAGUACGGGGGCCCAGGGGGAGUGGCCCCGGGGGCCCCAUACGGAGGGGCAGCACCAGGAGGGGGGCACUUCGGAGGGCAAGCCCCUGGCGCCCCCUAUGGAGGUUAUGGCCAGCCCCAGGGACAGCAAGCUCCUGGAGGAGCUAACGUCCCCCCUGGCGUCGACCCCGAAGCGUUCCAGUGGUUCCAGACCGUGGACACUGACCACAGUGGCUCCAUCACCCUGAAGGAGCUGAAGCAGGCCCUGGUCAACUCCAACUGGUCAGCCUUCAACGACGAGACGUGCCUCAUGAUGAUCAACAUGUUUGAUAAGAGCAACACUGGGAAGAUGGACUUGUUUGGGUUCUCCGGUCUGUGGGGGUUCAUGCAGCAGUGGAAGUCUAUGUUCCAGCAGUUCGACCGCGAUCGCUCAGGGACCAUCAGCGCCAACGAACUGCACCAGGCCCUGUCCCAGAUGGGGUACAACCUGAGCCCUCAGUUCACGCAAAGCCUGGUGUCCCGGGGGAGGCAGUCCUCCAUGCAGCUGGACCGCUUCAUCCAGGUGUGCACACAGCUGCAGAGCAUGACCGGGGCCUUCCGAGAGAAAGACACGGGCAUGACAGGCAGCGUGAGGAUGAGCUACGAGGACUUCCUGUGCACCUCCAUCACCCGCCUGCUGUGAGAGCUGGGCUCCGUGCGCGUGUGUGUGUGUGUGUGAUCCCUCAGGACUGGACUGGGGGGCGAGGGGACCAGCACGGGAACGCUCCAGCGGGGAGGGGAGGGGAGGGGGGGGCUGUUGCAUUAACACACUUCUGAGUAGUGCAGGGAAUCAAAUAUUUGUAAUGCAGGUGUGGCUAUGCAGAUAUCUCAAGCAUGAGUUACUAUUGUUUUAUAUGAGGGUACAAAGGUCUGCAGGUCGCUCCCCAUUGCUCCCCUACAUACAGAAAUAUCUCCUGUUUUGAGAUUGAUUUCACCUUUGAGAGGACUGGUCCCCUCCUCUCUAUACCCUUCCAGUCCCCUUCAAGUUGGCAAAGCAGAAUUUGACCUUUUAAACAAUCAUGUAAAUUGCCACUCCUUGCACAUGGUCCAGGGUUUAGCUACCAAGUUAACACCAUAGCACUGCGAGGGGCUUUUAGUGAUAUUAAGAGGGAAACACUACCUGUAUUGUCAUUGUACUCAUUUCAAAUAUAUAAUUCCAGAUUGUAUUUCCCUUUGUAUUCCCUGUUUCUGUGUUAUUUUUAAAGCGAGUCAUUGCAGAUGAAUGUUCAGAGGUCACUUUUGGGGGGUGGUAGUGCCAUCUAAUAAAUGAGCAAUGAAGGAAUAAACCUUUUAAAUAAUGAAAUUUAAAAAAAAAACUGAAACCCAAGUACAAGUGCAGCAGCAAAUAAGAUCUGGGUUUCAAAAUUGCCAAACACAGAGAGACCUGUGCAUCUAGCACCCAGACACAGAGAGAUCUGUGCAUCUAGCUUGCAAACUAUUGGAAGCGUGUCAAAUACUGCUCAUGUUACCUGCUAAAAAUGUAUACUGUGUGCAAGAACACAGCGUCUGCAGUAGCAGUGCUGGAGCCUCAGUUUCAGAUGUUGUGGCAGUGUGCAUUUCGACCAUAGAAUAAUAGUGUAAUGCUAAACUGGUACCUAUCUUAAAAACGUUUGUGUGCAUGUGAAACUGCUUAAUGUGCCCUGACUGUCGUGCAUAAUGAGGUUUCUAAUAAAUAAAUAAAUAAAU